GCGUGCUUUGUGAAGGACCACUGAAGUAUCAUUUCCUGAGCAUGUACCCGGGAAAGAAACCAGUGCUUCAAUCAAGGCAUCUGGUUAACUCUGAAACUAGUGGGAGUUGUUGGGUGAUGGUAAUAUUUUUCUAAUUAGACCUCCAACUCGUGGGAGUGAUAGUAAAAGAAAUUGCAACCUUUGUAAAAACAGUGUACAGUUCGCCAUAGUGUGUGUAGGGCAUCAGCGAUAGGUAUAUAAACACUUUUUUAAAUCCCGCUUUUGGCGAGUGCUUUGCCCUAGCGCGAGACUCCAGCACCAGGGCAGCUGAGGUUAUUGCGAUACUCAUCACCUUGGGAGCUGCCAGCUUUGAAGUUUUUUUCAGUACAUCGGAUACCUCCCAAGGCACAGCAUGAUGGGAACAAAAAAUGCAGACAAGUCGGCAGAGAAGGAAGGCGCUCCGAUAAAUGGUACGCAGACGCCGACGGCGGAUGGAACGACUCCACACCACGAGCACCACGAGCAUCACUUCAUGGGGGACAUCACAGUGGACGACGACGUGCCCUCCCGCGGGAACUGGACGGGAAAACUGGACUUUAUAAUAUCAUGUGUUGGGUACGCCAUUGGUCUGGGGAAUGUAUGGAGGUUCCCUUACCUGUGCUACAAAAAUGGUGGGGGCGCAUUUCUGGUUCCGUAUUUCCUAACGCUGUUCUUUGCUGGAAUUCCUAUGUUCCUCCUAGAGUCUUCAAUAGGGCAGUACCUGAGUAUUGGGGGACUGGGCGUGUGGAAACUAUGUCCAAUAUUCAAGGGUGUUGGAUACGCAGCGGCCGUGGUGGCUUUCUGGCUAAAUAUUUACUACAUCGUGAUCCUGGCCUGGGCACUGUACUACCUCGUGAGUUCCUUCCAGGCCGUGCUACCCUGGGCGUCCUGCGACAACUGGUGGAACACGGAAUGGUGUCGUUCAGACUACGUCGCCCCAAACUGCACAACUGCGUUUCAAAACCAGCUGAAUGAGACCCUAGUGACGAUCAACGCGUCCUUGAUCAGCAGUCUCGGGGGCACCGAUGACGUAACAGUUUACACGUCACAGAACUCCAGUUCUAUAAAUGCCACUACCACUGCUUUGUGCCAGACCAAUUUUACGUCUCCUGUCAGAGAGUUUUGGGAGCGUAAUGCUCUACGUAUCACGAAUGGUAUAGACGAACCAGGCAAUAUCAGAUGGCAGCUGUCGCUGACGUUAUUAUUUGCCUGGGCGCUGUGUUACUUCUGUAUCUGGAAGGGCGUAAAGUGGACGGGGAAGGUUGUGUACUUCACGGCCUUGUUCCCCUAUGUACUUCUGUUGGUUCUGCUUAUACGUGGUGUGACCCUGCCUGGAGCCUCCCAGGGCAUAUGGUUCUAUAUUUACCCGAAGAUGGAAAAACUUGGAGACUCUCAGGUAUGGAUUGACGCUGCCACACAGAUCUUCUUCUCGUACGGUUUGGGUCUCGGUGCUGUCAUUGCGCUGGGAAGCUACAAUCGCUACCAUAAUAACGUCUACAAAGAUGCAUUAAUAGUUUGCACAGUUAACUCGUGUACAAGUAUGUUUGCAGGGUUUGUCAUAUUUUCGGUAGUAGGUUUUAUGGCGGAGCAACAACAAAAGCCUGUGAGUGAAGUGGCAGCGUCUGGUCCUGGGUUGGCUUUUCUUGCUUACCCUUCUGCUGUGGUUCAGCUGCCUAUAUCUCCGCUGUGGUCAGUACUUUUCUUCACGAUGAUUCUAUUUCUUGGACUUGACAGUCAGUUUUGCACAAUGGAAGGUUUUAUCACGGCAUGUGUGGAUGAAUGGCCACGUGUACUACGGAAGAGAAAAGAGAUUUUUAUUGCAGUUGUCUGCCUAAUAUCAUAUUUAAUUGGCUUAGCGUGUAUAACUGAGGGUGGAAUGUACGUUUUUCAGCUGAUGGACUAUUACUCUGCAAGCGGAAUGUGCUUACUGUUCUUGAUCUUUUGUGAAUGCAUCGCAUUCUCAUGGGCUUAUGGCGUGAAUCGUUUCUACGAUGACAUCAACGAUAUGAUAGGUUACUAUCCUUGUCCGUUUUGGAAAUACUGCUGGUUGAUAUUUACGCCUCUUAUCUGUGGGGGUGUCCUGAUAUUCAGUAUAGUACAAUAUAAAAGCCCCAAAUACUUGGACUAUGAAUACCCCUGGUGGGCUGAUAUGAUUGGCUGGUUUAUGGCACUCUCGUCAAUUCUCGUCGUGCCUUCGUAUAUGAUUUAUAGGCUAGCUUCGACUCCGGGAGAUUUUAGAUCCAGAUGCAAGGUGUUGUUUCGCCCAGACAUCGACAGCAUCAGGCCAGACAAAGGAGAACCGCUGUCAUAUACACCCAUGGCGCCUAAAAAGUGUGACACACAAAUUUAAAUGUAUGUCCAUCUCUGUAAGUUUAGAAAUAUUCAUACCAGUAGAGUAAAUUUACAGCCAAGCUCACAGCAAGUGAAACAGCAUUAAAUUCACCAGAAUCUCGGAUAUUGUGUUGUGACGAUAAAAUAGCGCAGCCAUCGCAAUUUGACGGUAAUCAUUAAAACUUGACGUUUUCUCUCGGGGAGCUCUUGGAGAUGCUGCACUGUCUGCUGGCAUAUGACCCUUGACGCAAUGACCUUGACCUGAAAACAGAACUAAGUAACGAUCCCACUAUGGAAAUGUAUCGUCUGGAUUCCAUAGGUGGGAAAGGAAUUUAGAAAAUAUCACGACUUUUGUAGGACGUUGGUGGAAUAUUGUUCUUGCACGGAAUCUUCAAAGGACGUUAAGAAAAUGGGUUUUUAGAUUCAUAUGUAGAUAAAUCUCGAUCCUGCAUGUUUUUAUGAUAAUCUUCGGUCAUCAGAUAAAUAUGACCAUUGGUUGUGAGCACUAGUUGUACACUGCAGGCGAGGAAGUCAUUGCUAAAACUACCUUAUGUUGUCUUGUACCAUGGAGAUGGAUGUAUUAGAAAGAUCAAGCAAUUAACGUAUCACUUACUGUAAGUAUCGUUCACUCCUUUCUGGAUAUCAAACAGGAUCCGAGUACAAAUUUGAAUAUUGAAUUUCUUUGUUGUUUAUACUCUUACAUGUAACAUUUCCAUUUAAAUGACGAUCCUAACGGGUUUUUCUAGUUGUUUUCUCUCACAAACACACAAACACUCACUCAAACGCGCAAACCAAAUACUGUAUUUGACGUACAUGUAUGAAAAUAACUACACAAAUGGCUGCGUAUCAUGCAUAUUGUAAAUACAUUUACACGUUAUAUAUAGCAGUUUAUAUACAUAUUGUAUAUUAAGUCUUAUAUGUAUAGUGUAAUAAAAAGGAUAUUCAUUAUCAAAAAUGUUUGUGAAUAUUUCAGACAACUUUGUGCCCAUGAAAUGUAUGUACUUAAAGUGUCGACAUGUGACGCUUCAGUUAAGUAAACAGGAUAGACUGUUCAAACGCUCUCGUGAACAAUACUGUGCACAUAAAUGCACUGUACACACACUUAGAAUGGGAGGACAGAAAGUUCCCGAUUCCUCAUUUUUUGUUCACAUGUAUCUGUUGCAGUUUUGGUAGUCAGCAGUCUCACCGUCUCAUCGUACAUCGGGACUCGUUCCUGCAUUAACUCUUCUUCUCGUGUCCUUAUUCGCAUUCAAUAAAGGCACAUAUGAAUCCGUCUGUGCACUUUCAUACUUUCUUUAAUGAAUCUAAAAGAUGUUGUCCAUUUCAUAUUGCCUGCGUCCCAGAGUAAAAAAUUGAAAUGCUCCUACUAGGUGAGAUGAUGAAAUGUUAUAGUUCUGUCGUAAAUGGACGUUUGAAAAUGAUAUUU